UCAUGGGGCCCCCGGGCAAUAGGGGAUCAUGGGGCCCCUGUGUCCUUGCCCAAACUCAAAAAAGCCUAAGAAAAAGGUACGAGGGGCAUCUCAUGGGGCCCCUUACUGACCCCGGGCCCUUGGGCAGUGCCCGAGUUUCCAAAUGGUCAGUCCGCCCCUGAAGGUCUGGAUCCAUGUGAGGAAACUCCAAGGAGUCGAGGUAUUCACUAACUAUAGCCCCAUUUGGCAUAAUUCCACCUAUGAUGACUUAGAGGGCCUGACAUGUGCAGGGUUGUGGAAGUGCUGGCCACCUUCCA